AUGACUAGCAUCGAGGAUCAAGUGGUGGAGAGUGCAGACUCCAAGAUUCUUGUCAAGAAGAGUGUUGUAACAACAGAACCAGAGUUGGUGGUUCAGGCAGAUGGAUCGUCCAAGUACAUUCGUCGAAUCAUUACUACGACUACUACGACUACAGCCAAAAACAAAGCUACCGAGCUUAAUGCUUCCACAACUACUGCGUCUAGUAGCGAAGUCUCUGCUUUGACCAGUACACUUGAAUCAAAGUCUGAGAAUGUCACAUCCAAUGUGACAGAAACUGAAGCUGAAAUGUUGAAAGUUUCUGCAAGCAGUGAAUCUCAAGCCAUGGAUAUCAAGAAAGCAUUUAUUGCAGAGUCCUCUAGUGUUGGCGAUGAAAAAAACGUCAGUCAGAGUGUAAACACUGUCAAGCAUAUAGUGCAAGAUACCAAAGAGACUAUGGCUGCAGAAUGUUCAAGCAGCACUGACAAAAAGGAACUUUCUGUCAAGAAAUCUACCAUGGAAGUUGCCACAGAGAUCUAUCAGAAGUUGGCUACGUUCAUUUACAGUCUAACUGACAAGAGCUCAAGCAGCUCUGUUGUCAAACCACCUCCAGUGCCGCUUAAAAAAUCAACACUUUUGGAUGUGGAUCGCCUAGAACUCAUCAACAGCAAUCUUGUUGGCAUCUACAUUAUUGCUCAAGUCUGUUUGGUGACUUUUAUGAUCUGUUCAUGUCACGCUCAUUACAUGCGUGUUGGAACCCUAUUUGAUCCAGUCGUGUAUAAUAUUGUGUUUAUCAACAUUCAAUCACUCUUUUUGGCCGAAUUUCGUUUAUUGCUGUCUACUCUUCCAACUCUUUUUAUUCAGCAGGCGCUUGCUUCCGAGUUUAUUCCAGAAUCUGCUUCGUGCGCUGUGCUGGGUGUUUGGGAAUCGACUUGGUUGGUGUACUGGGUGGCUUUGGUUAGCACCAGUCAUUUCGCAUGGCCACAGCGCGUUGUAUUGGCUGUUCAUGUCAUCAUCCUUCUUAUGAAGCAACACUCAUUUAUGGUCACCAAUAACAAAAUACGUCAAAGUCAUUUGAAAGAUGGUUCACCACCGUCAUAUGAAUCCACAGCCAAAGUAUUGGACAGUGACGUUGCUCAAACUGCUGCAUCAACUUCUACAAAUGCCGAAAAGGAUGAUCGUAUGUUUUUUUUACGCAAUUUCACUAUUCUGCAUUAUGGGUAUUGGCUUGCUGUGCCAUCCCUUGUUUAUCAGACAUCGUUCCCUCAAAUGCCUGCGUUCCGGCCAAUUCACUUUGCUUACUACACAGCUUGGACGCUUAUUUCUGCGCUUGGCUUGUAUAUUACAUUGGAUCAUCUCAUUUAUCCAGUGAUGCGCGACAUUUCCAUUAAUGGGUUCUAUCAUACCUUUGUUUAUCUGAUUCCUGGAACAAUCAUGUAUGUUUUUCUAGUUUUUUUGACGGUAUUUGAGUAUGCUCUCAAUGCCAUGGCGGAACUGACUCUUCUUGAUGAGCGUGACUUUUACGAUGACUGGUGGAAUUCGCUAGGAUAUGAAUCAUUUUCGAGAAAAUGGUCUACUGUUGUGUAUCGAUUCCUGCACAAGCAUGUGUUUCUUGAAUUAAAAGAGUAUUUUAAUCUCUCUCGCCCGGCAGCCAUGUUUUUUACAUUUACAGUUUCUGCUACAUUAAAUGAACUGAUUCUAUUCAUGGUAACCGGGACGUUUCGCACCGACUACUUUCGCAUGAUCACUCUUCAGUCGCUAUACAUUUGGACUGACUAUGUGAUGCCGCCUGCCAAAAAGAGUUUUGGGAUUACUGGAUUUUGGGGCGGUUAUUUUUUUGGUCCGCCAUUCAUCAUUAUUGCUUAUUCUCGUUACUUUUUUGAGCAAAACUAGCAAAUGAAUCAUGUUUAUUGAGUGCCGAGUAGUUUUUUUCAAUCGGUAUACUCAAGAUCCAC